UGAAGGAGGGAGUUGUGCGUGCAACAGUUACAUAAGAAAGGAAGUAUGACAACUAUUGGAUCUCGUUGUUUUGGUGUUAGUGCUGUGAAGUGGUAGUGUUGUCAACCGUUUGUGUGAUGUGUGUUCGUUGUCAUGGAAUCGUACGAUGAAGAUCUCAAUGAAAAUCCUUUUUUUCACAUGUUGCAGACGGAACACACAGAAUUGUUUCAGAAAGCAACUGUCGAAGGAUGGAUAAUUUGUGUACCGUGUGAAGGAUCAGUGCCAAAGUACGCUCUUACCGUAGAGGAUUUUUUUAGCCACAUCCUGAUUCCGAGCGACGAAUUACCAGAGAGUCAUUUUAGAACGCUAAAUGAUCGGGACGUCCGUAUUUGUAAUCGUGUGGUUACAGUGGAAGAAAACGAUAUUUCGAGACCCGUGACAACACAUAUUCUGUUUGAAGAAACGUAUUACACAGAUGAUCUAUUGAAGUAUAAAGUAUUAUGUUUAGAACACCCACUUGAACGUCAUUCAGAUUUUGGUCCAGUGAGCAGUAACUCCUCAGUCGUCAUUAGUAUUCAGACUUUGAGGGACUGUAUAGACUUGUUGUGGACGGAAAGUAGAGGUAGGGAUGUACUUGAAAAAAUUGAUCAGUUGAUUCGUGAUUUUCUUUCGUGUAAUAAUAACUUGGAGUUUGAACCGCUUCAAGUGCAGAAAGAUUUAGUUGGUAGUCUGUACACAGUUUGUUUACAGAAUGCUCUAAGAGACAGCCGUCUACGAGAAAGAACAAGUACAAAUAAACAUCUUCUUGAGAAUGUUAAAUUAGCAGUGGAAACCUACAUGCUUCACACUGUGUACAAGAAAGUAAUAAAAGGUGUAACAGCCUGUACUGCUCAUGACGACGCCAAUUUGAAUAAAAUCAUUAGGAAUCUUUCAGAUAUCCAGUUGAGAGAUUUAGGUGUUCGCCAAGAUCUAUAUGAUACUGUGCCUUGGGCGAAGCAGGAACUCGCUCGUAUUGAUGGGUACAGUACUGUAUUGGGCAAGGUUGGGUGUCUGAAACGUAUGUUGGGAGCCAUCACAAAGCAACAUCCUAGCAAGAACAGUCCUGACCUUUUUGUUGGUAAUGUUAUUGCUGCAGAUGAUCUGUUGCCUAUGAUAGUUUUCCUUGUAAUUAAAACUGGUCUACCUAACUGGAUUGCUCACUUGACGUUUAUGAAACAGUUUCAUUUUUCAAAUCCGUCUAAAUGUCAAGUGGAUGAAUACAGUUUCUUAAUUACAUCUUUAGAAGCUGCAAUUGAACACAUUAACUCUGGUCUUUUCCUAGGAUCUUCCAUUCCAGAAGCUCAAAUAGUUUAUGAAGAAAAAUAUGACAAGUACAAGAAGGAUGAUGAGGAACAACAGAGAGUGUCUGCUGAGCCUAGUGGUAUUGAAUGCUUGUUUGAACAGAUAAAACUGGGAAAUGAAAGUGAGGUGAAAGAUAUUCUGGAUAGAAGCAUUGGUUCAAAUUGUAUGAGAGAGAGAGAAUCAUCUACCAAGAAAAAUGAUAUAAUAUUGAAAUUAUGCCAUCCAUUAUGUUCCUGUGAUAAAUGCGAGAGUAUCAUUUCGAAAAGCUUGUGCAACACUACUCCCACAAUUAAUUCAUGUGAUGACAGAGGUUUCACAGCACUCCAUGUGGCCUGCAUGUUUGGGCGCCCAACUAUGGUUGAUCUUCUUCUGAAGUAUGGUUCUAAUGUUAAUGCCUGUGACUAUAGUGGUUCAACUCCUGUGCAUUAUGCUGCUGCCAAAGGUUAUCAGAAUGCACUGUUACUGUUGGCUCAUGCAGGUGCACACAUAGAUAUUGCUGACAAUGAAGGCAAUACUCCACUUCAUUUGGCAUGUAAUAAUGGCCACGAAGGCUGUGUGAAGGCAAUCAUAUAUUUUGCUGAACAUGUUGGACUGAAAUUAAAUAUUAAUUGUGCAAAUAGUCAAGGUAAUACUGCUCUUCAUAAUGCUGCUCGCUGGGGUUAUGAGGGUAUUGUCCAUUUGCUUUUGGAAAAUGGUGCACGGCCAGGAGCAGAGAAUAAACGCCACAUAACACCCCUUGAUUAUGCCCACAACAUCCACAUUACAAGGCUUCUGAUGAGGGCCAUAAAAACAAUGCCACCAAGUGGUUUAAUGCCUGGUAGUAGUAAUGGCAUUGUAACAAACCUCACAUCAAAAAGCAAAGAACUCCAUGUAGCAGCUUCAUCAAAGAAGACUCUUGAUUUCAGUGACAGUGUGAAACCCAGGAAAGUGUCAGGUGCAUCGCUGCAGAAAGGUUCAAAGACAAAAAAAGUAUUUUAUGGAGUCUUGCCCGAGACUACACAGGGGAUGCGGAAUGUAGAGAAGCUUCUGAAAGCAAUAGCUGCUGGUGAUACAAGACUUGCUUGUUAUUACAUGGGACUUGAUGCUAAUGAUGAAGCUGCAUCACAGAAGGCAGAACAGCCAGAACAACAGCAUGAAAAAUGUCACCCAUUAUGCACUUGUGAAAAGUGUCAACCGGAAAAUGAUGUUAAUUCAGAUGAAAAUGGAACUGAUGAAGAGCACUCACACCAUAUACUUGAUGUUAAUGUUUGUGAUGGUGAGGGCUUUACACCGUUACAUGUUGCAGCUAUGCAUGGGCGUUUAGAUCUUACACGUUUGCUGAUUGAUGCUGGUGCACUAGUAGAUGUACGGACUCGGACCAAAGCUGCAACACCACUUCACUUUGCUUGUCAAAAUCAGAGACUUCAGGUUGUGCAGCUUCUGCUAAGGAGGUCUGCAGAUCCAGAUAUUCAGGAUUGGCAUGGGAACACAGCUUUGCAUUAUGCUUGUUAUGUUGGCAACAUAAGACUUGUUGAAACAUUGUUGCAGCUUGCAUCUCCAAGGUUGGAUUUGAAGAAUGCAUCGGGUAAAUCAGCAGUACAGGAAGCUGAAGAGAAGAUGGCUCUUACCAUUGUCAAACUGUUGCGUGGAGGGAAGCAAUUUGUUGGAAAUGGUGAUGAGAGUAAAGACUGCUGAAGGGAAUUGUGUACUGAAUGGUUUUGCUACUGAGUGAAAGAAAAAAUAUUUUAGUACAGUAUUUACCAGUAUCAACAUUUAUAUUAUGUCUAUAUGUAGUUACUUUUUGGCCUGUGAGCAACAUUCAUUGAUGUUAAGGCUUCAUUUGCUUGCUUCAGAAAUUAAGACAUAUAGAUGUUAUUAGUGUAUUAUUAAAAUAACUGUUAGCAGUUUCCCUAUAAUUUAACUGUUUCAAGAUCUCUGUGUUCAACAAGUCGUUCAGAAACCUUAUGUAUCAAGAAUGUUGUAUAUUUAUUAUACACCACAAGAUUCAGAUGUUAGUAGACAGUGCAUUGUAAUUUUCUUUUAUCAGCCUAAGUACAGUGUACAACAUAGUCCUGAAAGAAAUGAAUUCUUUGUGCGAGAAUGUGUUUUCGUAAUGUUCCAUGAAGUAGAAUCUUCAUGUGUCUGUUAUUAGAGGAAUUAAUUCAUAAAGUAAGAAAACUGUUUGAGCAAAGUGUCCAGUUGCGAUAAAAUUCUCUUGGGAAUGCAGAAUAAAUAAUGGAUUAGCGAACACAGUUCUAUAUGUUGUCAUCUGAUGGGUUUUUUUCUUUAGCUACUAAAGAAUUGUACUGUAUGUGAAAAGUGAAAAGUAAACAAAAAUGAGCAAAGGUAAUGCUGAUGCUUAUCUGACUUUUAUGAGGUCUCACUGAAUUUAUAUUUGUUUCUGACUGGUGGUGAGUUUUAAGGCUGGUGGCCUUCAUGGUGAAAAAGCAGUUAACAGCAGAUAGUAAACAGUACAACAUUUUGAAUUUGUCUUUCAUUUUUAAGUACUAAAUUGCUAUACUGUGGAGCAGUGAAAAGUGCUAUUCUCUUGUACUUGAAAGGCAUUACUUUACAAUGAUAUGCAAAUGCACAUGUGUGUGGUUUACAAUUUUCUUUGCCUUUGAAAGAUCUGUCACCAAUUUAUU